CACGAAUCUCUUCUCGAUUUACAUCUGAAAAUCUGUGUAUGGCAGCUCGGUUGUUGGCAUAURAGGUCUCUGAUCUUUGCCUCGGCAAGCCUCCCCUCCGAUCCCUCUCCAUCUCCGCCACCGUCCGCCACGCCUUAACCGCACUCAAAUCCUCCGACGAYACCCACAUCAGUAUCUGGGCAUGCAACCACCAUAACUCCACCUCCGACCACCUGCAACUCAUUCAUGACGACUGYCGCUGCGUCGGAAAAAUCUGCAUGGUCGACAUCAUCUGCUACCUCUGCAAAGAAGAUAACAUCUCCUCUCCUUCAUCGGCACUCAAAUCCCCAGUUUCUGCUUUACUCUCACAUGUUCCCGGAGUCGUUAGACAUGUGGAACUCUCCUCCAGUUUGUUUGAAGCCAUUGAUCUUAUAAUCAACGGUGCUCAGAAUCUUGUAGUGCCUAUCAAGACUAAAACCUUGAAAAGAAAACAACUCCGCCAAUACCCAUCAAUUACUCCGACCAUACAUUCCGGUGGCCGUGAAUUCUGUUGGCUGUCACAAGAAGAUGUGAUCAGAUUCCUUCUGAGUUCCAUUGGUUUAUUCUCCCCAACCGCCGCAUAUUCCAUCGACUCCCUCGGUAUCAUCACCACCGACGUCCUCACAAUCAAUUACCAUUCUCCGGCUUCCAAAGCGGUGGAAGCCAUUUCCACCUCUCUCGCCGACCAGACUUCCGUUGCUGUCAUCGACGAUGACGGUGUAUUGAUUGGGGAAAUCAGUCCUUUUACCCUCAUGUACUGUGACGAGAUGGUUGCAGCUGCUAUCGCGACGCUAUCCGCCGGCGACCUGAUGGCGUACAUCGACUGCGGUGGCCCACCGGAAGAUAUAAUCAGGGUAGUGGAAGAAAGGUUGAAGGAGAGAAAUCUAAAGGGAAUGCUCGAGGAGUUCUCAAUUUACUCCACCGGAAUUCCAGACUGUAAUAACAACUCAUCGUCCGACGAGGAAACGGUGCCGUCGCCGACAACUACACAGUCACGGAGGUACAAAAGGUCAAGCAGCUACUCAGCCAGGAUGAUGAGGAGGGCAGAGGCUAUCGUUUGCCAUCCCGGAAGCUCGUUGGUGGCGGUGAUGAUUCAGGCAAUCGCACACCGUGUGAAUUACGUGUGGGUGAUUGAAGACGACUGUAGCGUCGUCGGAAUAGUGAGGUUUUCCGGCAUGUUGGAAGUUCUCCGGGAGCAUUUAGAGUGCAUGAUCGAGUAGAGUGACAAAGAGGACCAAUGUUGGAAGAAAGAGAAAGAUGAAGGGAAGUUUUGUAAUUAUGAAAUAGUUUUGGAUCGUUUGAGUAAUAUCUUGUAAUCGAACUGGGCCUACUCACGGGUUAAGUUUAUUCCUUGCCCUUUGGGCCUUUCUUUUUAUUAUAAUAAAACAAAAAUG